AUGGCCUCCAAGCUGAAGGAGCGCAGAAGGACGCCAGUGUCGCACAAGGUGAUCGAGAAGCGGCGCAGGGACCGCAUCAACCGCUGCCUCACGGAGCUGGGGAAGACGGUGCCCAUGGCGCUGGCCAAGCAGAGCUCGGGGAAGCUGGAGAAGGCGGAGAUCCUGGAGAUGACGGUGCAGUACCUGCGCGCGCUGCACUCGGCCGACUUCCCGCGCGGCCGCGAGAAGGAGCUGCUCUCCGAGUUCGCCAACUACUUCCACUACGGCUACCACGAGUGCAUGAAGAACCUGGUGCACUACCUGACCACGGUGGAGCGCAUGGAAACCAAAGACACCAAGUACGCGCGCAUCCUCGCCUUCCUGCAGUCCAAGGCGCGCUUCGCCACCGAGCCCCUCUUCACCCCGCUGCCCGAGCCGGACUUUGCCUCCUACCCGCUGGCCGAGUGCGCGGCCCACGGCCCGGGCGAGCCCGCGCUGCCGCCGCCCGCCGCGGGGCCCUUCCCCUGGCCCGGCGCGGCGCGCAGCCCCCCGCUGCCCUACGCGCUGCCCCCCGCCGCGCUCGGCGGCAGCGCCGCGCAGCGCGGCGCCUUCCUGCCCUCCGCGCAGGGCCUCGACCGCCACUACCUCGGCCUGCUCGGCCCCCCGCACGCCAGCGCGCUGGGGCUGCCGCCGGGCCAGCCCGGCCCGCUCCUAUAG